ACUUACACUACAUAAACCAACACAAUCAUUUGGUUUAUUUGGCUCGUCACCGUAUCUGUGUGUUCUUUCUUUCUCCUCCUCUUUGGAUCUUUUUAUUAGUGUUCUCUUCUUACUCCAUCGCUUUAAGGUACACUUCUCUCCACUGCGUCUUCUUCUUUGAGAUUCAUAAAACGGUUUCAUCAUCAUCAUCAUACACAACCUCGUCUCGAUCGGUUUGGAUUUGUGAUUUUAUACAAUUAUGGCGAGGAAGAUGCUUGUUGAUGGAGAGGUUGAUAAAGCGACGGCUGAGGAAGCAAUCUAUGAUUUCGAUUUGUUUGUAAUCGGUGCCGGGAGUGGUGGUGUUCGUGCUGCUAGGUUUUCGGCUAAUCAAGGCGCUAAGGUGGGUAUUUGUGAGCUUCCAUUUCACCCUAUUAGCUCUGAGGAGAUUGGAGGAGUUGGUGGAACCUGUGUUAUUCGUGGUUGUGUUCCCAAAAAGAUUCUGGUUUAUGGGGCAACUUACGGUGGUGAACUUGAGGAUGCUAAAAACUACGGGUGGGAAAUAAAUGAGAAUGUUGACUUCACAUGGAAGAAGCUUUUGCAAAAGAAGACUGAUGAGAUACUAAGACUGAAUAAUAUUUACAAGCGGCUAUUGGCAAAUGCUGCGGUGAAAUUGUAUGAAGGUGAAGGCAGAAUAGUCGGUCCCAAUGAUGUGGAGGUGAGACAAAUAGAUGGCACGAAAAUAAGCUAUACCGCAAAGCACAUAUUGAUUGCCACUGGCAGUCGGGCACAAAAGCCUAAUAUUCCUGGACAUGAGCUGGCUAUUACAUCAGAUGAAGCUUUAAGCUUGGAAGAAUUUCCUAAGCGUGCUGUUGUGCUUGGAGGAGGGUACAUUGCUGUGGAGUUUGCAUCAAUAUGGCGUGGAAUGGGAGCUACAGUAGAUUUAUUCUUCAGGAAGGAACUUCCAUUAAGGGGGUUUGAUGACGAAAUGAGGGCACUAGUUGCUAGAAAUCUUGAAGGAAGGGGCAUUAGUCUGCAUCCGCAAACAAGUUUGACUCAGUUGAUAAAAACAGAUGAUGGGAUCAAAGUCAUAUCGUCUCAUGGAGAAGAAUUUGUGGCAGAUGUCGUACUUUUUGCUACUGGCAGGAAUCCUAAUACCAAGAGAUUAAAUUUAGAAGCUGUUGGUGUUGAACUUGAUCAGGCUGGAGCUGUGAAGGUUGAUGAGUACUCACGCACUAACAUACCAAGCAUAUGGGCUGUGGGAGAUGCCACAAACCGAAUUAACCUUACACCUGUAGCGUUAAUGGAGGCCAGCUGCUUCGCGAACACUGUCUUUGGUGGGAAGCCUACUAAAGCAGACUACAGCAACGUUGCCUGUGCUGUAUUUUGCAUACCACCACUAGCUGUGGUGGGUCUCAGCGAAGAAGAAGCAGUGGAACAAGCAACCGGUGAUAUUCUGGUUUUCACCUCAGGCUUUAAUCCCAUGAAGAACACCAUCUCUGGACGGCAGGAAAAGACAUUGAUGAAACUAAUAGUUGAUGAGAAGACUGAUAAGGUUAUUGGAGCAUCCAUGUGCGGUCCUGAUGCAGCUGAAAUCAUGCAGGGGAUUGCAAUUGCGCUCAAGUGUGGAGCAACUAAAGCACAAUUCGACAGCACGGUUGGGAUACAUCCAUCUUCUGCAGAGGAAUUUGUGACAAUGCGCAGUGUGACCAGACGCAUUGCCUACAAAGCCAAACCUAAGACGAAUUUAUGAACCGCAAAAAUCUAAAGAGACAAUAGCAGGAAAACUCGGUAUACUUAGUUUGAUCAGAGCGUCAGACAAAAACAUGAGUUUCCUCAUACUCAUGUCCCCAAUAAAUGAUUUGUAUUUUUUGUUUGUUUGUUGAGGUUUCUCUUCACCUACUUAACUUGAGAAAACACAACUUCUUUUCUUAUCGCUAGUGGAACUUAUAAUUAUCUCGAAA